UCGGUCAGAAAGGAGCUUUUCUAACAUGCGAAUUCAACACAGAAACAUAACGAAUCAAACGCGAAAGAGAAGAAUAAGAUUCGCAUCUCUCUCUCUCUCUCUACUUUAUGAUACUUAGCUCUUCAAAACUCAGAAUCUUCACUCUUUUUCUUCUUGGGAGAUUUCUAGUGUCAGGUUUGUGUCUCCUUGUGUAUAGUAGCAACUAGGAAUAGCAAGUUAGUUGCUGAGAAUCCUGGAAAUCCCAACAUAGAUCAUAAGUGAGAAUAGAGACAAAGAUAGAGAUAGGAAGUCAUGGAUUAUGAAAAUAAUAGCUGGAUUUGGGAUGGGGUAUACUACUACCCUCACCUGUUUGGUGGAAUAAUGGUGACAGCUGCUUUGCUGGGCUUGUCAACAAGCUACUUUGGUGGGAUUGGAUCCUUCCACAAGAGGAAAUCCGGUGAGAAGAAGCGCAUUCGUGUCUACAUGGAUGGCUGCUUUGAUCUUGUGCAUUAUGGUCAUGCCAAUGCACUCAGACAAGCAAAAGCCCUUGGUGAUGAGUUAGUUGUUGGGGUUGUCAAUGAUGAGGUUAUUGCGGAACAUAAAGGGCCGCCGGUUUUCAACGUGGAGGAGAGGCUGACCCUUGUAAACGGAUUGAAGUGGGUGGACGAGGUCAUUCCUGAUGCUCCAUAUGCAAUUUCUGAGGAGUUCAUGAAGCGUCUCUUUAAUGAAUACAAAAUUGACUAUAUCAUACAUGGCGAUGAUCCCUGCCUGCUUCCAGAUGGAUCAGAUGUCUAUGCUGCAGCAAAGAAAGCUGGGCGUUAUAAGCAAAUUAAACGUACUGAAGGAGUUUCCAGUACAGAUAUUGUAGGAAGGAUACUUGCUUCUUCAAGAUGUCGAGAAAAUGGUAAAGAUCAUAUUGUUAAUGGUGAGCAACAUCAAGAAGAAAGCCAGUCCGAGGACUCCCACAUAUCCCAAUUCCUACCAACAUCGCGCCGGAUUUCCCAGUUUUCAAAUGGCAAGGAGCCUGGAGCGAAUGCUCGAAUUAUAUACAUUGAUGGGGCAUUUGAUCUGUUCCAUGCAGGGCAUGUUGAGAUUCUUAAGAGGGCUAGGGAGCUUGGAGAUUUUCUUUUAGUUGGUAUCUACUCAGAUGAAACAGUGAGGGAACACCGGGGGAGUCACUAUCCUAUUAUGCGUCUUCAUGAGCGUAGCCUUAGCGUGCUGUCUUGCCGUUAUGCCAAUGAAGUCAUUAUCGGUGCACCUUGGAAAGUUACAAAGGAUAUGAUUACAACUUUCAAUAUCUCUCAAGUUGUGCAUGGGACUGUUGCUGAGAACUCACUUAAGUCUGAAAGUGAUCCUUAUGAGGUUCCGAAGAACAUGGGGAUAUUCCGCUUGCUCGAAAGCCCGAAAGAUACCACCACUACUUCUGUAGCCCAAAGGAUAAUAGCUAACCAUGAAGCUUACAAGAAACGAAAUGCCAAGAAGGCACAGAAUGAGAAGAGAUACUAUGAAGAAGAGAAAAAAUAUGUCUCUGGGGAAUAAGCCUUGUAUGGAAUUGUGUCACAGCCUUAGUUUGCUACACUAGUCUCCAAGAGUAAAGAGAUGCUGAUCUAUAUAGCAUAAGUUGUGGAUGGACUACAUAUGAUUAAAAUUUCCUCAAUAACUGAUGAAGUAAUCUGCCACUUUGUUAAGUGAAAGGUUCCUUAUAUGGUUUGCUUAUUACUCAUUUUUUGGCAUGUCUUGAUGGGGAGGUAUUUUAUUUUAUAUGCUCCAUUAGAGGUUGCCUUAAUAACUUGACAAUUGUAUCAAAGCAUAUAUGCAGACCUUAAUAUACAUCAAAGGUUCCGCCUUGUUUGCUAUUUCU